AUGAAGCACCCGAUGCUUACAGCAGUGCUGCUAGUACUGCUGCAGGUUUCUCAGAGUUUCCCUGCCCUGUACCACCGAGGUUGGUGGAGGCUGUUAAGGGAAGGAGAUAGUUGUGGCAAGUGUGAUUUGGCACUUUGCUCUGAGCCCAAAGACUGUCCUGCCGGGACCGCGUUGGAUCGCUGCGGCUGCUGCCCUGAGUGUGGAAACGUGGAAGGUCAGACCUGUGACUUGGACCAAGGCAAUCAUUUCUAUGGGAAAUGUGGAGAUAACCUGGAGUGCAGGUUGGAUGCUGAUGAAGUAAGGUUUGGGGAAGUCCCUGAACCCCAGUGUGUGUGCAAGUCUCAAGAGAGCAUCUGCGGACCUGAAGGGAAAACCUACGAGAACAUCUGUCAGUUCAAGGCUUACGCUACGAAAAGAAACAUCAGCAUGAAACAUGAAGGACCAUGUGAAUCAGCUCCUGUUAUCUCUAUGCCCCCUCAGGAUGUGCAGAACUUCACAGGCAACGAUGUCAUUUUUGGCUGUGAGGUGUCAGCCUAUCCUAUGCCACACCUUGAAUGGAAAAAAAGGGGGAAUAAGAUGUUUCUGCCAGGAGAUGAUGCCCACAUCUCAGUACAGGCAAGAGGUGGGCCUCAGAAAUACGGUGUGACAAGCUGGCUGCAGAUUCAAGGCCUCAAAAAAUCAGAUGAAGGCAUUUACAUCUGCCACACCAAAAAUAAGCAUGGUGCAACAUAUGCCUCUGCAAGACUGAAAGUCAUUGAUGGCUCAUCUCCUGCAUUUGCAUUUACUACUGGCAGUAGAAGUGCAAGUUACAGCGUUGAAUAUGGGGAUUAUUAUGACCAUUCUGAUGAUGAAGAUGAGGAAGAAUAUGAAUCUGGGGACUAUGAAAAUUGA